AAUAAUUUUUCAACAAUGGCCUACUUAGCUCCACCACCCUAUAUACAUUUAUACACACAUAAAACACGUCAUAUUUACAUGGCCUAUUUACAUUGAAGAUAAGACUACUAUCUGAAUUCACUAUUUAUAUAUAGUCCCACAAGCUCUGUCUCAAUCAUCAAUUCAUCAUCAUCUUUAAUAAUUUUAAUAACGUGUUGGGCUUUUACUUUUCAAACUUAUAAAAACUUGUUUACUUUAUUUUUCUAGAAAACAAAAUGCCGUACAACUAAAUGUUGUAUUUUUAUUAUUAGCACGAAGUUUCCAUACAUAGGUUUGCCCACGGUAUUAACAAUCAUUAAACUAUAUACUAUAUCUCAUAUAAAUAUCCCAUUCUUCUUCCGAUAGCUAAAUUCAUCAUCAUACAAAAAGUUCGUUGUUGUUUCUACUUAUUUAGUUGAUUCUAACUUAUUUGAUAUUGAGAAGUAAUUGUUGUUUUUCUAAAUAUCAACGUGCAACAUGUGUAUGGCGUCAGUUUCUGUACCUGCUAGUACAAAAAACAAGUCCGUUUUCUCAAGAUUACGGAAUAAGUUUUCCCUAAAAAAGGCGACUACAACAACUACUAUUAGUACUGCUGCUGACGCUCUUUCAGUGAGCAGUAGUACUAGUAAUUAUAACGGUGAACUAGAGAGGUUAUUUACGUAUUUUGAUGAGAAUGGAGAUGGAAAGGUGUCACCAGAGGAGCUAAGGAGGUGCAUGAAGGCGGCAGGAGGCACGCUGACGGAGGAGGAGGCUGAGAUGGCAGUGAGGCUAUCGGAUUCCGAUGGGGAUGGGUUGUUAGGGUUGGAGGAUUUUACAAAGUUGAUGGAAGGUAUGGAGGAAGAGAGGAAUAAAGAGAGUGAGUUAAUUGGAGCAUUUGGAAUGUAUGAAGAUAUGGAAGGUAGUGGAUACAUUACUCCUAAGAGCUUGAAGAGGAUGUUGAGUAGACUUGGUGAGUCAACUUCCAUUGAAAAUUGUAAAGCUAUGAUUAGUAGAUUUGAUAUAAAUGGAGAUGGAGUUCUUAGCUUUGAUGAGUUCAAAAUUAUGAUGACAAAUUAGAAGUUUAGAACAACUCUUUUAAUCUUUAUGUACAUAUAUAUGUAAUUCUUUGGGCAUGAUCUUAUUCCGUAUUAUUGAAAAAUAAUGCAGGAUAUGCAUCCGUUAUUACAAUAUAUGUGUGCGCUUAUAAUAAUUUUUGCCAAAGUUUAUCUUUGUAGCGCUCUAACGAAUAUUGAAAGUAUCAUAUUAGGGAAAGGUACAAGAUUAAUGUGAAGGUGAAAAAAUUGAUCAUUGUGAAGUAUAUAGCAAUGUUUGAAAAAAAAAGUUACUGAAGUGGAUAAUAAUAGAAAGGAUUUCUUAUUUUUUUUUUUGAAGAAAAA